AUGAGUCCAUCACACAAAAAGCGUUGCUGUAAUCCAUUUAAGUAUCCCAACCAUCCUAAUUCAACUCAACUCAGAAAGUUUUUACGUUUUCAUAGGCAUAAGUUUGAAAAUAUUCCCAAAGAUGCUUUGAUCUGUAAUUCAUGUCGAGUAAAAUUAACAAUCCAAGAAACUCCUGAAAAUGAAGAUUUAGGUUCAGAUUCAACUGAUUCAAAUGCGGAAGAAUUUAUUUCAUCAAAAUUAACAAAAUUAAAUUUAAACAUCGCCUUAAAUGCUUUAGGUGAAAAAGAAAUUGAUGAUAAAAAAGAUAAUAAAUAUCGUAUUUUAACUUCACUACCAUCAACUUUAAGCACAUGCAAUAUAACACGAACAUUCAAUUGCUCUAAGCAUAUGGUAAAUGUUGCCAAAAAAUUGCAAAAAGAAAAAGGCAUUCUAUCAGUACCCGGCGUCAAAAACGGACGAAAUCUUUCGAGUGAUAACAUAGAUUUAAUAACCCAAUAUUACCGAAACGACGAAAAUUCAAGGCAAUUGCCUGGGAUGAAGGAUUACGUGACUAUCAAAAAAGAUGAUGGAGCGAAAGAGAAAGUUCAAAAGAGACUUGUUUAUUGUAAUUUAAAAGAACUUUACCAAUCUUUUAAAUUAGAAUUCCCGAAUUGCCAAGUAGGUUUCUCUAAAUUUGCCGAACUUCGUCCCAACGAAUGUGUUCUGGCAGGAGCUAGCGGAACACAUACAGUUUGUGUGUGUAUCUUUCAUCAAAAUGUUAAACUUAUGAUCGAAGGCUCGGAUUUACAAAAUUUAACCAAAACUUGGGAAAUUCCAAUAAAAGGAAAAAGUUCGUACAAGGAGCUCUUUAAAUAUCUGCUAUGUCUAAAUCCGAUUAUCAAAUGUUACGAAGGUCAGUGUGCUUUAUGUCCCAGCAAUGAUAUUCUAAAAGAAAAACUAAUCGACGCAUUUAAUAAUGACUUAGUCGAGGAAGUGAAUUACAAACAAUGGAUAUCAACAGAUAGGUGCUCUCUGAAAACUUUGAACGAAACUAUUGAUGAAUUUGUUCCAUCUUUAAUAGAAAAAUUGACCAAACUACUUUUUCACGAUUUUAUCGCCACUAAACAUUCUUACUUGAGAGUACUUCGUUCUCUCCUACUGCCUCAAACUUUUUAUCUGUCUUCAGGCAUCUUCGGUCGCCUUUAUGACUCCCAAGAUGGAGGCGGGGUAAGCCACGGGCACCGAACGUCCCGCCACCGAUCGCCGACGACGAGUGCGUCUAGGACCGGGGGCGGCUCGACAUCGACCGCCCCCCUCGACAUGGACGACUCGAACGCGUCCAUGCUGGACGACAGCGUGCUGCUGCUGGCGUCCGCGUUGGCCAACGACUCGUCGACUACAGUCGGCGGCGGCACGGACCACGCCGAUCACUCGUCGUUCCUGUCGAACGGCAGUUCGGAGCAUGCGAAACACACGAACGAUGACGACUGCGACCGAGUCGACAACAAAACUGUUACGGUGCUCGAACAGCUCAGACACAAGAUGGUGCGCGUGCGGGACCUCAUGCGCACUGAACAGAAGCUAAGAGACGACAAUGUAAACGAAUACCUAAAAUUAGCCUCGAAUGCCGAUAAGCAACAAGUUCAACGGAUCAAAGCCGUGUUCGAAAAGAAGAACCAGAAAAGUGCACAAGUCAUUUCCCAGUUGCAAAAGAAGCUGGACUCGUAUCAAAAACGUGUCAACGAGCUGGAAACGCACGGGCUUACACAGAGCCACAGACCGCCCAGGGAGGUGCUCAGAGAUAUGGGACAGGGAUUAAAGAAUGUUGGUGGUAACAUCCGUGAUGGUAUCACAGGAUUCAGUGGAUCUGUAAUGUCAAAACCCAGGGAAUUUGCGCACCUAAUCAAAAAUAAAUUCGGAAGCGCGGACAAUAUUAGCCAACUGUCAACGUGGUACAUAGGGCCCGGAGCGACGGGAUCGGAGGGCAGCGGACAGAACGGCGGCAGCGACCAGGGCGAGAAGCACCAUCACCACCACGGAUCGGCGACGUUGCCGGCCACGCUGCACAUGGCGCCGUCGCAGAAUUCGAUGGGCAGGCAGCACCAGGCCACCAAGUUUCCCAGCGACGAAGGCAGCGAGUGCAGCAGCGACAGUAUCGACAGGUACCGACCGGCUGAAAGUGGGACCCAAGAUGCUCAAUUUAAAACCGUUUACAGUCAAUUACACAUUAAGCAACUAGAAAUAGACAGCCUUAAGGGAAAACUGGAAAACUUAAAAUCCAAACUGGAAAACAUGCAUACCUGCGAACACGAACUCAACCUUCUAAACGUCGCUCUACAAGAGGAAAAGUUUAGAAGGGAGUCGUUGGAAGAGCAGGUAAACGAUUUGACGGAACUUCACCAAAACGAAGUGGAAAAUUUGAAACAAGCAAUGGCGGACAUGGAAGAAAAGGUGCAAUACCAAAGUGAAGAACGGUUGCGAGACAUACACGAGAUGUUAGAACAUUGUCAGACUAAAAUUCAAAAAAUGGAACACCAAGCCCUUCAGCAGCAACAGUACGUUACGCUGGAAGGUCUGGACAAUUCGAACGCAAGAGCUUUGGUUGUCAAGCUCAUAAACGUCCUAUUGACUGUCCUGCAAGUAGUUUUAUUGUUAGUGGCCACCGGAGCGGGAAUCAUAAUGCCCUUUCUUCGGACAAGGGUUAGGAUUUUGACGACUGUGUCUAUAGUGUUAGCGUCUGUAUUUAUAUUGAGGCAGUGGCCGGAAGUAAAAGACAUCGGAUCGCACAUGAUGAAACGGCUCAAGGAUAUGCUGGAUCCGGUCCAAUAGCAUUUAUGGAACGGUCCUUCCUCCCGAAUUAGUGAAAAAACUCUCUAACGUUUGCAAAUAUCGAACGUUUGUGAACUAAAACAAAAAAGUUAAUAGGGAAUUGUUAUACUUAAACGUUGAGAUUUUAUGAGAUAUAAUUAAGAUAAUGGUGUCUUUAUAUUUUGCAAUGGUGGUCCAAAAUUUGGGAUUUUAUUUGGGAAAAUAUGAAAUUGACAAGGGUUUUAAGUCCAUGUAACAUAUCUUAUUUCAUAAAAAGAACCAUCUAAAUUUUAUACUUAAUUUCAUCUUGCUCAUGACACACUAUCCAACAAAAUGGAACUUUCGUCUUUUCAUUAUUUCAUAAUCUAGAUUAAUCCCAAAUCACCGUGCGAAAAAGUAAAAUCGCAAUAAUGAAUUAAAAUUAAAUGUUUGUAUUAUUUUCGGUUUUAGAUGUAAAAAUUAGUAGCAGUGGAACAAAAACUUGGUUCACAAAUCAAAAAAGUAUUUUGCAAACCCGAUUUGACUGAAAAACGUCAAUGGAUUGUGAUUUUAGUUAAAUUUUAGAUAGAUUUUAAGGAAUAUACCAAUUUUUUUUAAACAUUUCUAGGUCUAGUGCAUAGCACAUGCAUUUUUGUUUUAUUUGCAAUUCAAUGAAUGGGUGUAAAUAAAAUUUUCAGUGAAUAUUGUAGAAUUAUUAGUUUUACUUAAAUACUUGAAAAAUUCAUAGCAAUAUUUAUUUUACAAAAAAGGACUUGUAAUUGUAUAUACAGUUAAAUUAAUACUUUUAUUUUUCCAUAAUGGAAAAAAUAUUGUUCAAGUAAUGUCCAAAAUUAUUGGGCAUGUGUUAUUUUUAUUUUAUUUAGUAUGCCUACAAUAAUAUUAAAUUUAAUUAAUUUUGUAUUUGUUAUUUAAUGUGAAACUUAUUCUGCCAAAUUAUUGUAGAUGUUAGGUAAUAGGUUUUGUAAACUAUGGCAAAUAAUGUUCGUCUAUUUAUAACAGAUAUAUAUUUGUAUAUAUUGGAAAAUUAUAAGUGGAAUUGCAAGUAAAAUUAAAUUUUGCAAUAUACGUCCAUGUAGUUGUAGGUAUUUUUUUAAGUAAAUACACCUUGGUUUCACCUCAAUUAUUUAUUUAGUGUAUUUAAAUUUGCUUCAUAUAUUUAUAAAUUAUUUAGUAAUUUUAAGUAUACUUAAUAUUUUUGUCUAUUUACAACUAGA